AAUUACUCUUCCAACGAUCUACACUUUGUCUAGACACUCCACAAGUUUUUAGAGAGGUUUGUUGUUGACACAUCAAAACUCCUCAUUCAUCUUAUUCUUCAACUUUAACAACAAUGGCGACAACCACCACCCCCAAACCCCAACGAUCACCAGAAGAAAUCGAAGACAUAAUCCUCCGCAAAAUCUUCCUCGUUUCCCUAACCGAUUCCAUGACCAACGACUCACGGAUCGUUUACUUGCAGAUCACGGCAGCCGAGAUAUUAUCCGAAGGCGGCGACCUCAAACUCUCACGAGAUUUGAUCGAACGAGUCCUCGUUGAUCGCCUCUCAGGUAAUUCCGCAUCCGCAGAACCUCCCUUUCAAUACCUAAUCGGAAUUUAUCGUCGUGCCUGUGAAGAACAAAAGAAAAUUGUUAAUAUGAAAGAUAAGUUAGUUAGGGCACAGAUGGAAACAGUUGUCAAUCAAGCGAAGAAGUUAUCAGUUUCCUAUUGUAGAAUUCAUUUAAGUAAUCCCGAUAUGUUUCCGGAUAAUGAUAGAACUAGGUCUAAUGUUUCCCCAUUGUUGCCGUUGGUUUUCGGUGAGGUUAGUAGCUCAAUUGAUACUUUUGGUGGUGGUAGUGUUGGUGCUUGUCCUGGUUUUAUAGAUGAGCUGUUUAAAGAUACGGAUUACGAGUCGGUGGAGCCGAUAUUGAAGCAGUUGUAUGAGGAUUUGAGAGGGAUUGUGCUCAAGUGUUCUGCGCUUGGGAACUUUCAGCAGCCGUUGAGGGCGUUGAUGUAUUUGAUAAGUUUUCCGGUUGGUGCUAGGGCGUUGGUGAAUCAUCCGUGGUGGAUUCCGAAAGGGGCGUAUUUGAAUGGGAGGGUGAUUGAGAUGACGAGUAUCUUGGGGCCGUUUUUUCAUGUUAGUGCGCUUCCUGAUCAGAGUGUUUUCAAGGGGCAGCCUGAUGUUGGUGAACAGUGUUUUUCGGAAUCGUUGACGCGACGGCCUGCGGAUCUUUUGUCUUCGUUCACGACGAUUAAAACUGUUAUGAAUAACUUGUAUGAUGGUUUGGCAGAGGUUCUUAGGUCACUUCUUAAGAACACGAGCACACGAGAGAAUGUGCUGCAGUAUAUUGCAGAAGUGAUUAACAAAAAUGCAUCAAGGGCUCAUAUACAGGUUGAUCCGCUAUCUUCUGCUAGUUCGGGCAUGUUUGUGAACCUUAGUGCUGUUAUGCUUCGACUGUGUGAGCCUUUCUUGGACGCAAAUUCAACAAAGAAAGACAAAAUUGAUCCUAAAUAUGUAUUUUAUGGAUCUCGUUUGGAAUUCAAAGAAUUAACCGCCCUUCAUGCAUCUUCGGAGGAAGUUACUGAAUGGCUGAAUAAAAAUAAUCCAAGCACUUCUAGCAGUGGAGAAUCGUCAAGUUACUCAUUUAUUUGUGAAUGCUUCUUUAUGACUGCACGGGUUCUUAAUUUAGGGCUGUUGAAAGCCUUUUCAGACUUCAAGCAUCUUGUGCAGGACAUUUCAAGAUGCGAGGAUAAUCUGGCAACCUUAAAAACCAUGCAAGAGCAAUCACCUUUACCUCGACUGGCCCAGGACAUUGCUCGACUGGAGAAGGAAAUCGAAUCAUUUACACAAGAAAAACUAUGUUACGAAGCUCAGAUAUUGAGGGAUGGCGGACUUCUUCAGCAGGCACUAUCUUUCUAUCAGUUAAUGGUGGUUUGGUUGGUAGGUCGUAUAGGUGGUUUCAAAAUGCCUCUACCACAAUCUUGCCCAAUGGAAUUUGCAUGUAUGCCUGAACACUUUGUGGAAGAUGCUAUGGAAUUGCUUAUUUUUGCUUCUCGGAUACCACGAGCUUUAGAUGGUGUAAAGCUGGAUGAUUUUAUGAACUUCAUUAUCAUGUUCAUGGCAAGUCCAGAGUACAUUAGGAAUCCCUAUUUAAGAGCAAAAAUGGUUGAAGUACUCAACUGCUGGAUGCCUCGUAGGAGUGACACAUCAUCUGCCACAAGUACACUUUUUGAGGGGCACCAACUUUCUGUCCAGUAUCUUGUGAGAAAUCUUCUAAAACUUUACAUUGACAUCGAAUUCACGGGCUCACACACCCAGUUCUAUGACAAAUUUAACAUCCGACAUAAUAUUGCCGAACUUCUAGAGUAUCUUUGGCAGGUUCCUGUACACCAAAAUGCUUGGAAACAGAUUGCCAAAGAAGAGGAAAAGGGUGUUUACCUCAACUUUUUGAACUUCUUAAUAAACGACAGUAUCUUUCUUCUUGACGAAAGUCUCAACAAGAUUCUUGAACUCAAAGAACUGGAAGCUGAGAUGUCUAACACGGUCGAAUGGGAACAAAGACCUGCACAAGAGAGGCAGGAGAGGACUAGACUUUUCCACUCUCAAGAAAAUAUUAUUAGGAUUGACAUGAAGUUGGCCAUGGAAGAUGUGAGCAUGCUCGCUUUCUCUACUGAGCAAAUUACAGCUCCUUUCUUGCUACCCGAGAUGGUUGAAAGAGUCGCCAGCAUGUUGAAUUACUUCCUCUUACAACUUGUGGGCCCCCAAAGGAAAUCGUUAAGCUUGAAGGAUCCUGAAAAAUACGAGUUUCGCCCAAAAGAGUUGCUAAAGCAGAUUGUGAACAUAUAUGUUCAUCUGGCAAGGGGGGAUCACGAGAACAUUUUCCCAUCUGCCAUCACGAAGGAUGGACGGUCCUAUAACGACCAGUUAUUCACAGAAGCUGCAAAUGUUCUUAGAAGAAUAGGUGAAGAUCCCAGAAUUAUACAGGCUUUUGAUGAUCUUGGUAGAAAGGCUAAAGCUGCAGCAUCUGAAGCCAUGGAUGCUGAAGCUAUUCUGGGAGACAUUCCAGAUGAAUUCCUUGAUCCUAUCCAGUACACGCUAAUGAAAGAUCCAGUUAUCUUACCAUCUUCAAGAAUCAUAGUGGACCGACCAGUGAUUCAGAGGCAUCUAUUAAGCGACGCUACGGACCCGUUCAAUCGUUCUCAUCUUACACCAGAUAUGCUGAUUCCAGACACAGAACUGAAGCAAAAAAUUGAAGAAUUUGUGAAGUCACAACAAAGGAAGCAACAUGGUGAAGAGAUGAGUAUGCAAAGCAGCAGCUUUAAAUCUUCAAUUCAGUCACCUGAUGGUACUGGGCCUUUGAUUGAUUAGAAACUACUUUUAGACUGUAAUUUUGUGUACAUCAAGUUUUUGGUACUAAAACAUGGAUGGCAAUCAUAAGUUAAAACACGCUAGAAUCGGUGUACAAUUCGACAAAUAUUUUGAUCAAAGCUUGGAUAAAGUUAAGCAUUCGGAAAACAA